AUGGGCCUUUUCGGCCACGUGCGCAUCCACGAGACCGGCCUUGACCGCACUCCCGACACACCCACCACAUCCAACACAUCCACCGUGCACACCCCCACCCUCGUCCCAUCAAUCCGCGCCAUUACCACCACCACCGCCUCCUCUGCAGCUGACGCUGACACCGCCGACUUCUCAUGCCCACACUGUCCACGCACAUUCACCUCACGCAUCGGCCUGGUCGGUCACUUGCGAAUCCAUCGCACAGCGACUGGCGACCCAGUGCCUGGAGCACCCAUCUAUACCCACCAAGCUCGUCUCAACUGCCCACACUGCCCUCGCACCUUCAGGCAUCGCAUGGGCCUAUUCGGCCACGUGCGCAUCCACGACGACCUGCGGUAGACAACCGCCGGCCACACCGCACAUUCACUCACUCCCUACCUUCUCCACCACCACCAUCACCCCACCAGAAAUCAACACUCACACACCUCAUGCACCCAACUGCCACCUCCCACGCAAGUGGGAAGUCCGCAUCUCGACUCGGUCCCAUGCGGCUUCGGCUGCACGGGUGACUUGAGUCCGAGACUAUCCCGACACGUCAAGCGUCGUGGAUAGGAAGGCUGCUGAUUGACGCCCGCUCUCGGUUCACGCAGUUCGUCGCGUUGUGUGUGUGUGCUGUGUGGAGUGGCGGACUGGUGGGCUGGGAACGGGCUGAAACAGCACCUUCCACGGCACUCUCACGCAAGGGAGACACACGCCGUUCAACCCCCGUUGUGUGAAAUCCUGGUGUUUGCGUGUGUAUGGGGGGCCAGGUCGUGCCGUGGCGCGCGCAGUCAUGGUAAGUCGACCAUGACAGCCACCGCGCCAAUUCCCCACUCCAGUCUGCUGACCGGCUCGGACAGCGGCUGGGGUGUGGGAGUGGGAAGGGAGAGUGAGGUCGACGACUCAGCGCACUUUCUCCUCACUAUAAACCAUCUGACGCGCUUGAAGCUAUCACGGUGCGCUAAAAGCGGUGGCUUGGAAGGUUGCAAACUGACGGGGUAUCUUGGACCUCCUCCUUGACCGGAGGCGGUCUGAGAGUCAGGCUGCAAUGGCUCCUUUUUAAUGUGGCCUUUAUGGCACUCCCAUCACAGUGUGGGAUCCGAGCCAGGCGUUGGCGGCACGCCCAGGUGCGGCUUCGGUCGUGCCAGCCUCCAAAUCUCUCUUGUGUUGGUUGAAAUCUUGGUUAUUUGUUGUGUGGGCCAGGGGGUGUGGUGGAACGCCAAGGUGAGGAUCCGUCCGAGCCAUCCACCUGCGGCCUCUCUCGUCUCCGGUCUUCUUGACACUGUCUUUACACCGGUCUCGGGCGAGGGAGGAGGAGAGAGUGUAGGUAGAUGCUACGCAAGUCUACCGGCACUAUAAACUAACAGAUAUAUGAUCCAACUAAACAUGCUUACUGUGACAAAAAUAAUAAUUGUAACGUCCAUGACAUUAGGCAUUGAGGGUAUUUAGUUUUUUGACGAAACAUCUGUCUGAACUGUAAAUUUCAAUGCUGAAACGCGUUGGGCCAUUACAAUGCUCUCCCCGUCGUAAUAACGAAAGGUUCUUCCAUCCUUCGGCAUUUUUCCAUGAAAGGUUAUAGAAAACUUUGCUCCAAAGAGAGGAAACAAACAAGUAUAUAUUAAGAAAUCGGUCGCGAAACGUCACGAAAGUCCAUGGGGAAUGAAAAAGCCUAAUGCUCAGUUAGCGGCACUAGGCAGGGUACUUGCCUGAGAAAUCUAUAUUUCAUAGCUGUUUUGGCGGAUUUUGAAUAAUUCAUAUUGGCCCAGCUGUGGAAAACUCCUCUCCUCGGUGGGACUCAAUCCCACGCAGUAGGGGGAAGGUUUUAGUACAGUCAACGCUCUAACCACUUGAGCUACGAGGCCUUGCCGGACAACGUGAGUUUAAUCACAUUUGGGUCAAGUUUACCCGCCCAACCUACUGCAAUGUCUGGAAUUCACCAAAUCUGAUACAGUAAGUUGACUGCCCAAGCACGAUUUCCUAAGUAAUCCACCCAGAAUCCACCAGAUGACUACCAGGAAAACCUGGUACAUUGCGCAGGGCAGCCAGGCCGCGCAGACGGGGGUUAACUUCGUCAGCCACUGCGUCCGAACCAACCCCCGUCGCCUUGACAUCAUCUUGCCUUUGGAGUCUGGUGAGUGAGAUGGUGCGAUAGAUGCCGUGCAAAUCUGCGUCAGCACAAAUUAACUCACGCGCAAGUCACCGGUGCUGCGCCCACUGCGGACGUCGUCGCUCGCGACAGUCGAACUCCCAUUUAGCUGCACGCUGCUCAGAUGCGCCCUUGCCAGUCUUGUCCCCCACUCACGUUGUGGCAUCUGCACUUACUUAUCACUGACCAGUCCCGACACAGCCACUACAUCCAGCACCCCAGCAUGCUCAGCCGCUCCCUCACUUCGUCGCCCUGUGCGCCCACCGCCGCCGUCGCCGCCGCCGUCGCCGUCGCCGCCACCAUCUCCGUAGCUGACACCGGCACCGCCGACUUCUCAUGCCCGCACUGUCCACGCACAUCUACCCCACGCAUCGGCCUGGUCGGCCACUUGCUAAUCCAUCACGCAGAGACUGGAGAACCAAUGCCUGAGGCAUUCACUUACACCCUCCACAUCCGCCUCCACUGCCCUCGCACUUUCAUGCACCACAUGGGCCUAUUCGGCCACAUGCGCAUCCACGAAAACCUGCGGUAG